GGGCGCACUCUCACUUUCAGCAGCUUUACGCACGCACUACGCUCGGAGCUCUGCUUUGAUUCUCACUGCGGCUCAUUGUGGAUGAUUAGAAAAAACACAGCAAUGUCAGUCAUGAUAAGAAACGAGGUGUUCUCCUGUUUUGUUUUCUACGGCGUGCUUCUGGUGAUUAAAAUGUACAUUAUAGCGAUCAUAACAGGACAAGUGAGGCUGCGUAAAAAGGCUUUUGCCAACCCAGAGGACGCACUGAGACACGGAGGUUUACAGUAUCAUAGAGAGGAUCCAUUUGUGGAGAGGUGCAUGAGAGCUCAUAGGAACGACUUGGAGAACAUCCUCCCUUUCCUCUUUGUGGGUGCUAUCUACUCCCUGACUGGACCUUCACUGAUGGUGGCCCGCCUUCACUUCCUGGUCUUCUUCAUGGGCCGUGUGCUGCACAGCGUUGCCUACCUGCUGGCCCUGCGAGCGCCGACCCGCUCUCUGGCCUACACUGUCGCGCAGAUACCUUGUGUUUCCAUGGCACUGCAGAUCCUAACGUCAGUGGCAGUGUACGCCUAAACAUCCAGGACGGAGGGACUGAACUAGAGGCUCUGGGUUAAAAGAUGGUUCUGAUAUGUGACCAGUUUCAGAGAGAGCAGGAAGAUGAUUACUCGAGGGUCCUCCUGGAAAGACAAGAAUGUCAGUGCAAUAUGAGGUGUGAUUACACCAGUGCUGGGUUUUGUGAGAAUUUGUCAGUAUUUUUAUUGUAAUAUUUACAAAGUUGAAAUGUGACAAUGUCUUAAAAGAUAUUUGAAGUUGACACCAUUGACCGUAUUUAAAAUGAAGGUUGUUCCUCGUUGAAACCAGGAUUUUGUUGGAAUUUAAAGCUCACUGAUGGACAGCUGUAGACGUUUAGCCACUUUGGAAUAUUUUUCCACCACUGUACUGUAUGUUGAUCCCUGAGCCCUUUUGUGUUUACACACAUAACACAGACCACCAUUCAUGUGGUGUUGUAUCCUCAUCGUGGCUUUUUCUGUUUCCUGUGUGGAUUUUCCAUCUGUUGUGUUAACAUUUGUUUGAGUAUGUUCAACAAAACCAUAAUGGAUCGUGGCUUGAGGACUGAUGAGGUGGUGGAAAGUUUUACCUGAUGCUCCGUGAAACUGUUUCUCAAAUUACUCUAAGAGGAAAAAGAAAGGGAUCUGUUUGAGAUAUGAAUGUCCUGCAACAACCUGGAGAUUAAGAUGUACAUGUAAUAUUGUAAUGUUAUCUGUGAAAGCAUAUUUUGAGGCUAUUUUUUAAAAGUUUUGUAAUAAUAAUUUAUUCAGUUUAAUGUGCAUAGUCAUUGUUUUGACUUCCCAGAUACAUUUUUGUAGGCAAUAAAACAAUUCACAACCAA